ACCAGCUAACUCGAUCCCACACAAAACGAGGAGACCACGUCCUGCUUUGAGCAGUGGUUGGUCCACCAACCCCAAGAAGAGCUCGCGAGGGAGCAGCAGCCAUGGCGGCCACCAACCCAUGAACAGAAGCCACGGCCACCAACCGAUCCCUCCUCCAGCCGCGGCUGCACGGGCGAUAGAGAAACGCACGGAGGUGCGCGUGGUCCUAGAGUGGAAGUCGAGAAACGCACUUGCCGCCGGCCAUCAACGAUGAUGGUGAUGGGCUACUUCCGGUCUCCCAAGUCCGCGUCGUCACCGACCAAGAAGGGCGGGAAGAAGGCGAAGAACGGCGGCGCGGCGCACGAGGAGGCGGGGCUCAGGGAGGCGCUGCUGGAGCAGCCGCCCGCGGCGGCGGAGGGCGUCGUGCCCAAAGGGUACUUCGCGGUGUACGUCGGGGAGGAGUCCCGGCGGUUCGUCGUGCCCACGGGGUACCUCCGGGAGCCGGCGUUCCGGGACCUCAUGGAGCGCGCCGCCGACGAGUUCGGCUUCGAGCAGGCCGGCGGCCUGCGCGUGCCCUGCGCCGAGGAGGACUUCGAGGACCUCGUGCGCCGUCUCCAGCGCAAGGACGGCGGCGGCGCCGCGGCCGGCAAGGGGAAGAAGGCCAUCAGGUUGUAGCAGCAGAAUCAUGCAGCCUUUGAUCGCGUCGCGCGUAGAGAAGUUUAGAUUUCUUCUUCUACAAUUUGCUUGACGCGGUAGAAGAGAAGAUGAGUGGCGGGUGCAGUUCAUGUACAAAGUGCAAGCAAGCAGCCACAUGCAUGCAUAGCAUAGCUAUAUGCUUUGCAUGGUGUGUUGAUUCAUUCACCGUCGGUUACGUGUAACUGUGGAAAUUAGCAGAGCAUAUACAAAAUUCCUGCGGGAAUUGAAAUAUUUUAUGUAUACUCCUGUAAAAUACACCAGUUGCAGCA